GGCCCGCAGCCCGGGCCUCCGGCCGCAGGCGAGGCCCAGGCCGCGGCCGACAUGAACCACCAACAGCAGCAGCAGCAGCAGCAGCAGAAAGCGGGCGAGCAGCAGCUGAGCGAGCCCGAGGACAUGGAGAUGGAAGCUGGAGAUACAGAUGACCCACCAAGAAUUACUCAGAACCCUGUCAUCAAUGGGAAUGUAGCCCUGAGUGAUGGGCACAGCAACGCAGAGGAGGACAUGGAGGAUGACACCAGUUGGCGCUCCGAGGCAACCUUUCAGUUCACUGUCGAGCGCUUCAGCAGACUGAGUGAGUCGGUCCUUAGCCCUCCGUGUUUUGUGCGAAAUCUGCCAUGGAAGAUUAUGGUGAUGCCACGCUUUUAUCCAGACAGACCACACCAAAAAAGCGUAGGAUUCUUUCUCCAGUGCAAUGCUGAAUCUGACUCCACGUCGUGGUCCUGUCAUGCACAAGCAGUGCUGAAGAUAAUAAAUUACAGGGAUGACGACAAGUCAUUCAGCCGGCGAAUCAGCCACUUGUUCUUCCACAAGGAAAACGACUGGGGAUUCUCUAAUUUCAUGGCCUGGAGUGAAGUGACUGAUCCUGAGAAAGGAUUUAUAGAUGAUGACAAAGUCACCUUUGAAGUCUUUGUACAGGCGGAUGCUCCCCAUGGAGUUGCGUGGGACUCAAAGAAGCAUACUGGCUAUGUCGGCUUAAAGAAUCAGGGAGCGACGUGUUACAUGAAUAGCUUGCUGCAGACCUUGUUUUUCACAAAUCAGUUACGAAAGGCUGUGUACAUGAUGCCAACAGAGGGUGAUGAUUCAUCUAAAAGCGUCCCUUUAGCAUUGCAGAGAGUGUUCUAUGAGUUACAGCACAGCGAUAAGCCUGUAGGAACAAAAAAGCUCACAAAGUCAUUUGGGUGGGAAACUUUAGAUAGCUUCAUGCAACACGAUGUUCAAGAACUUUGUCGAGUGUUGCUUGAUAAUGUGGAAAAUAAAAUGAAAGGCACAUGUGUAGAAGGCACCAUUCCCAAGUUAUUCCGAGGCAAAAUGGUGUCUUAUAUUCAGUGCAAAGAAGUAGACUACCGUUCUGAUAGGAGAGAAGAUUAUUAUGAUAUCCAGCUAAGUAUAAAAGGAAAGAAAAACAUAUUUGAAUCAUUUGUGGAUUAUGUGGCAGUAGAACAACUAGACGGUGACAAUAAAUACGACGCUGGGGAGCACGGCCUGCAGGAAGCAGAGAAGGGUGUGAAGUUCCUGACCUUGCCCCCAGUCUUACACCUGCAGCUCAUGCGGUUCAUGUACGACCCUCAGACGGACCAAAACAUCAAGAUCAAUGACAGGUUUGAGUUUCCAGAACAGUUACCACUUGAUGAAUUUUUGCAAAAAACAGACCCUAAGGACCCUGCAAAUUAUAUUCUCCAUGCAGUCUUGGUUCACAGUGGAGAUAAUCAUGGUGGACAUUACGUGGUUUACCUAAACCCCAAAGGGGAUGGCAAAUGGUGUAAAUUUGAUGAUGACGUGGUAUCCAGGUGUACUAAAGAAGAAGCUAUCGAGCACAAUUAUGGGGGUCAUGAUGACGAUCUAUCUGUUCGACACUGCACAAAUGCCUAUAUGUUAGUGUACAUCAGGGAAUCAAAGCUGAGUGAAGUGUUACAAGCUGUCACCGACCAUGAUAUUCCUCAGCAGUUGGUGGAACGUUUGCAAGAAGAGAAAAGGAUCGAGGCUCAGAAGCGGAAGGAGCGGCAGGAAGCCCAUCUCUACAUGCAAGUGCAGAUAGUUGCAGAGGACCAGUUUUGUGGCCACCAAGGAAAUGACAUGUACGACGAGGAGAAAGUGAGGUACACCGUGUUCAAGGUUCUGAAGAACUCCUCCCUGGCCGAGUUUGUUCAGAGCCUCUCGCAGACCAUGGGGUUUCCACAAGAUCAGAUUCGAUUAUGGCCUAUGCAAGCAAGGAGUAACGGGACAAAGCGGCCUGCAAUGUUAGAUAAUGAAGCCGACGGCAGCAAAACAAUGAUUGAACUGAGUGAUAAUGAAAACCCUUGGACAAUAUUCCUGGAAACAGUUGACCCUGAGCUGGCUGCUAGUGGAGCAACACUGCCCAAGUUUGAUAAAGAUCAUGAUGUAAUGUUAUUUUUGAAGAUGUAUGAUCCUAAAACACGGAGCUUGAAUUACUGUGGACACAUCUACACACCCAUAUCCUGUAAAAUACGUGACUUGCUCCCGGUUAUGUGUGACAGAGCAGGAUUUAUCCAGGAUACUAGCCUUAUCCUCUAUGAGGAAGUUAAGCCGAAUUUAACAGAGAGAAUUCAGGACUAUGAUGUGUCUCUUGAUAAAGCCCUUGAUGAGCUGAUGGAUGGUGACAUCAUAGUGUUUCAGAAGGAUGACCCGGAAAACGAUAACAGUGAGCUACCCACUGCUAAGGAGUACUUCAGAGACCUCUACCAUCGCGUCGAUGUCAUCUUCUGUGACAAAACGAUCCCUAAUGACCCUGGGUUUGUGGUCACCUUAUCAAAUAGGAUGAAUUAUUUUCAGGUUGCAAAGACAGUUGCACAGAGGCUCAACACAGACCCCAUGUUGCUUCAGUUUUUCAAGUCUCAAGGUUAUAGGGACGGCCCCGGUAAUCCCCUUAGGCAUAAUUACGAAGGUACUUUAAGAGAUCUUCUACAAUUCUUCAAGCCAAGACAACCUAAGAAACUUUACUAUCAGCAGCUUAAGAUGAAAAUCACGGACUUUGAGAACAGGAGAAGUUUUAAGUGUAUAUGGUUAAACAGCCAAUUUAGGGAAGAGGAAAUAACACUAUACCCAGACAAGCAUGGCUGUGUCCGGGACCUGUUAGAAGAAUGUAAAAAAGCCGUGGAGCUUGGUGACAAAGCGUCAGGGAGACUUAGGCUGCUAGAAAUUGUGAGCUACAAAAUUAUUGGUGUGCACCAAGAAGAUGAACUAUUAGAGUGCUUAUCUCCUGCAACGAGUCGGACUUUUAGAAUAGAGGAAAUACCUUUGGACCAGGUAGACAUCGAUAAGGAAAACGAGAUGCUAAUCACAGUGGCACAUUUCCACAAAGAGGUGUUUGGGACAUUCGGAAUUCCGUUUUUGCUGAGGAUACACCAGGGUGAGCAUUUCAGAGAAGUGAUGAAGCGGAUUCAGAGCCUGCUGGAUAUCCAGGAAAAGGAGUUUGAAAAGUUUAAAUUCGCAAUUGUCAUGAUGGGCCGGCACCAGUACAUCAAUGAAGAUGAGUAUGAAGUGAAUUUGAAGGACUUUGAGCCACAACCUGGUAACAUGUCUCAUCCUCGGCCUUGGCUAGGGCUUGACCACUUCAACAAAGCCCCAAAGAGGAGUCGCUACACUUACCUAGAAAAGGCAAUUAAAAUCCACAACUGACUUCCUUCCCGUGUCCAAGGCGAGGGACAGUGCGUGGGUGUGUGCCCUUUUUAACAGCCGUAGAACUCUGGUGCACGUGCACUCUACCCGAAGUCUCCAGCAAGAGGGUUUGCUGCCGAUGUUAUUUUAUUUUGUUGAGGCUGUUCAGUUUGGCUUCUCUGUAUCUAUUGACUGCCCUUUUUGAGCAAAAUGAAGGUGUUUUUAUAAAGCUUGGAUGCCAAUGAGAGUUAUUUUAUGGUAACCACAAUGCAAGGCAACCAUCAGCAUCAUGGGAGGAGGAGAGGUUCCUAGGAUGUGAGUCCCCGGCAGGAGGUAUCUGGUUGGCACAGGCAGCUUGGCCACCUGCCCGGGUCCUGCCACCAGCCCUGCAGCUAGUCAGGCUGAUGAAUAGGCUCGUCCGAUUUCUUCUUCAGUUAGACUUUGUGACCUGUGUGCCUGUAAAGGCAAACCAGAGAAACAGCCCUAAUCAGUAGCACUCUCCUUCACCAUGUGCGUUGCAGGCCCUCCUGGGGCUCCUCUCCUCAGCUGCCUGGAGUCUUUAAUAACUGUCUCUUCUUCAGCUAGUUCUGUUGGGCAGCCCAUUCACAAAGUGGAUGCACUGAACACGGUCGGUCCUGACAGUCUUUUUAUACACUGAGAACAUUGUCAGAUACAAUUAAGGUUUACUCUGUUGCCCAUUGGCAAACAUAAUGAUCUGAGCAGGUGAAAAGUCACUCUAGGCUUGUGAGGACGGAGUGUGCGAGCGACCGAGGAGGAGAGCCUUUCAGCAAGAGCGCAUGCUCGCUAGUGGUUAGGAAGCUGUUGACUUUGUAAAAAAGAUAAAAUAAAAAAGGAAAAUGGAAAAUGAAAUUGUAUAUUUAAUGAAUGAAACCUGUACAAUUUGCCCUGGGAGGAGGUUGUUUUCUGUUGGGUGAGUGCAAGUGAACUUGGCCGACUUGGACUCUGCGUAGCUUUACGGGCCCUCUCCUUGUUUCCCUUUCUGUUGGAGCUAUGCCAGCUGCGUGUCUAGUUUGGAGUGCGAGUAGAACGAGCAAGCCACUCUUCUCCCCCCCACCCCCCCAGUGCUUCUGUUUGUUUCUGUAGCAGCAGUGUACACCAAUCCUCCUGUAUAUUGCCUUUUUGCUGGAAAAUGUUGUAUGUUGAAUAAAAUUUUCUAUAAAAAUUA